AUUCUCAGGACAUGGCUGGAAUUGAUUCAUCGAAUUUCCUUAUUUGCAUUGGUCGAAAUUGUCCAAAUCUAGUUUUAUUAAAUAUAAGUAGUUAUGAUUUUACGACCAACGCAUUCACAGUGUUACUGCAAGGUUGUAAAUCAUUGCAGACUUUGAUGAUAACUGAUUCAGAUUCUGUUGAUGUCUUGGCCUUGAUUGAGGAAAACUGUGUAGGGACCUUGCGAUCGUUAGUUAUUUCUGAAUGUCGCAACGUGACAAAUGAAGCGAUCACAAGGUUUCAACAAGAAACUGGUAUUGAAGUUGAAGCCGAUAUUGAGGGUGAUGCCGAUAUUGAUAUCGAGAACGAAUAA